AGUGUGUGGAUGUGGUGCUGGGCGUUGCGCGGGGCGUCACACCCGGUGUUAUAGGUGCUUGGUACUUCGCAGAUCAAUCCGCCCCGCUUCCCCCGCCUACAGACACGCACACCAUCCACGCCGCGCUCUUCCGCUCCACGCAGCCCUCGCUCGGCACCAUCUGCCUCGCCUCGCUCAUCCUCACCGCGACGCGCGCCUUCCUCCUGCUCGCGUCCCUCCUGCGCAUGCUGCUCCCGGUGCAGUUCCGCCCGCGGCGUGGCUCGCGGGGUUCCUAGAGGGCAAGGCGAGCAGCAUGAGCACGUAUGCGCUGUGCUAUGUCGGGCUGACGGGCCAGCCGUUCUGGCGCGCCGCAGACAGGAGCGGGGAGCUGACAUGGAAUGUGGGUGGGAGAGCCGUGAUCCGCGGCAGCCGGGGAGGUACCGGCGGAGGUUCAAGUCUGAGCCGCCUUCGACUUUGCUGACUGUUGCACCGCUCACGCUGACGUUCCCCUUCGCGCUGACGACAUACCUCUUCGUGGCGCAUACCUUGAACGCGCCGGACUCUGCUCUGGGCGCGGCGUUGAUGGGGGGCGGCGUCACUGCGCUCGUGGGGGUGUCUUGCGUGGGACUGGUCAGGGACACAGCCGAUGCGGUGUACAUGUGCUACUGCAUCGAUAAGAGCUUGGGUCAGAAGCGGAGACAGGAGGUAUUCGACACUUUCGAGUACGAUGUGCAAGCACCAAGUCGGUCGUUGGCCCCUCCACAGCAACAACCGCCGCCAGCGCACCACCAGCCCACGCUAAGCGAGGGCCUGCGCCUUGCCUGCGAGCCCCUGUCGUCGCUGCACCAGCACGAAGACGACUCUGGCUCAGACGAGGCAGCGCCGGAGCCGUUCUUCCCCGAGCCGCGGGCGUACGAUGCGGAGGUGCCGCCGUCGUAUAGCGGGUACGAGGCGAAGCGGUCGGGGGAUUUGGAGACGGGGUCGGGGUCGGGGGUGGGGAAGUCGAGGGUGGAAGAGGAAGAGGGGGAGGGGGAGGAGUCGCAGAUGUUCCCUGGUUCGGAUUUGUUCUGAGCUGAGGGCUUGGUUACAUGCUUGUUUGCUCUGACCUGUCGUUACGAGUUGAUAUGAUACUGAUUACUAGGACGUGAGCGUGCAUACUGUAAACGUUGGCAUAUUCUCAGGAUCGUCCGCAUCACAGAUAGUUAGAGAUUGAUAUUUUAAUGAUAUCCAUUGUAUAUUUUGCCAUUUCACCACUGCAACGUAGUCGCUG